AUUCUCCUUCUCUUAUUUUGUCUCUUAUUUGGCUAUCCUUUCCACGUUCUGACCAUUUAAACACGGGUUUUGUCUCUAUUCCCUGUUUCGAUGAGUGCACGUCAGUACUGGAAAGCUGUGUUAACCUUGGGGAGCAACCGACAUCAUGAUUAGCAUCACGGUAGCCCAUAGAUCGAUAUUGGAUGUUUGAAGGGAGAGUAGUGAAAAGGUGCAUUGCCAGACCAACUAACCGUGCCUGCAUGUGGGCCCCAUACCAUACAUAGCUUGUGAAGUCUGUAGCCUUUUCUGGUUCAUGUCAUUGACUUUAUCAAUGUCAUUUUAGUAAAUUUAUUAACAAUGAAUGGCAAAAUAGAAAGGGAAGGAGUAUAUGAAUCCCACUUUCACAUUACCCCUGGGUAUACACACCAUAUACUCAGAUCAAAGAAACAAGAAAAAAUGUCUGUUGUCACUGAGGAAAUCAAAGGCAAAACAGAAGAAGUGUACCAUGGAGAUGAGAUAUGCCAAGAGAAAUCAAAAGAAUUACUCAAAGAAAUAGGGCUUCCAAAUGGGCUUUUGCCAUUGAAAGACAUUGAAGAAUGCGGGAUUAUAAGGGAAACAGGUUUUGUUUGGUUGAAGCAGAAAAAAAGCACAACCCACAAGUUUGAGAAGAUUGGGAAGCUUGUUUCUUAUGCUACUGAAGUCACAGCCACUGUAGAGAAGAACAAAAUCAAGAAACUCACUGGAGUUAAGACCAAAGAGCUUUUGCUUUGGGUUUCACUGAGUGAUAUCUAUGUUGAUGAUCCACCCACUGGAAAAAUCACCUUUCAAACACCAGCAGGCCUAUUUAGGACUUUUCCAGUUUCAGCUUUUCAGGUUGAAGAGCCAGUAAAGGCAGCGAGUGAGAAGAAAGAACAAGUGGUGGGAACUGUUGAAGUCAAGGAGAUCUAGACAGUAAAUCUAUUCUAGCUAUGCAGUUCUUCUGAUUUUAAGUUCUAAAACCCUUUGUUUUGUGGUUUCUUUGUCUUUUACUUUUUACAUAAUGGUACCAAGGUGAAAUGAAAAAUUUAAUUGUUA